AAUCGAAGAAAAAAAAAUUGUAAACUUUUUUAAGAAGAUUUUCUUCUUUUUUUCUUUUACGUUUUAUUUCGAGGCAGAGAAAAUACGUAAUAAAGUAAAGUUUGACUCGAGGGAAAACUAUGGCUGGAAAACAUAAUCUCAAGGAGACAGGGCAUGUCACGUUUCCUAUACGAUACCUGAUGGCGAUUAUGGGCUCUAUUGGCCUCGCCAUUAUCUACGGUUUCAAGGUGAACGUAAGCGUGGCUAUCGUGGCUAUGGUCAACCACACCGCUGUAAAGUUGUCGUCCACGUUGCAUCAAUUCGAAUCGUCGGAGAACGCGACGAAUGUGAUUACCGACGGGGCCGAUGAAUGCCGCCACGAUGAUAUUUCUUCCAAUGCGACGAAAAUCAUUACCGAGGAUGGUCCAUUCGUGUGGAACGAGCCUUUACAAGGUCUUAUUUUGUCAUCCUACUUUUGGGGAUACAUGGUUUCUUUGCUUCCGGGGGGACGAAUGGCCGAACUGUUGUCCGCCAAAUGGGUGAUGAAUGGAUCAGUGCUUCUGAACGUCGUAGCGUCUGUGUUAUCACCUGUUGCUGCUCAAACGCAUUAUUCCCUCUUCAUAAUAAUGAGAUUUCUUCAAGGAAUCGGCGGUGGCGUGACAUUUCCGGCAAUGCACGUUAUGAUCGCUAAAUGGGCUCCGCCAAACGAGAGAAGCGUUCUUGCUUCGAUCGUUUAUGCAGGAACUGCACUUGGCACUGUGAUUUCCAUACUCUUAACGGGACUAUUGGCCGCGAAUUUCGAAUGGGUGUGGAUAUUUUACAUCGAGGGUGCACUUUGCCUAAUUCGGUGCACAGUUUGGUGGAUUAUGAUCGCGGACAGUCCAGAGGAGCAAACGAAGCUUAUCAGUGAGGAGGAGAAUUACAUUAUGCAAUCUUUGGGACAAAAUAGAAAUGAACAUAAAAGGCUAUCGGUUCCAUGGAGCGCAGUGUUACGGUAACCAUUUAUGGCAAUUUUAAUUGCUCAUUUCUGUAGUAAUUUUGGAUGGUACAUGUUACUUAUUGAGCUUCCUACUUUUAUGAAUCAAAUACUAAAAUUCGAUAUGAGUUCUAAUGCUGGUCUUUCUUCCAUGCCAUUUUUAUGUAUGUGGAUUUUCACUAUGGUUCUUAGUAAGGUGUUAGCCAUAAUGCAGGAUAGAAAAUUAAUUUCAGUGACGGUAUCAAGAAAAAUUGGAACAUUAUUCUCAUCUGUUGUUCCCAUGAUUUGUUUAAUAGGAGUAUCUUAUGUUGGAUGUAAUCGUACAUUAGCUGUUACAUUAAUGACUAUUGGAGUAACUUGUAUUGGUGGAAUGUAUAGUGGAUUUCUGUCGAAUCAUAUUGACAUUGCUCCAAAUUUUGCUGGUACUCUCGUUGCUAUUACAAAUUGUAUUGCUACUAUACCUGGAUUUGUAGUGCCAAUAUUUGUUGGAAAAUUAACGCACGGAAAUCAAACUAUAGGAGCAUGGAGAAUUAUAUUUUUUACAACUGUUGUUUUGUACAUAAUUGAAAUAAUAGUUUACACUAUUUUUGGAAAUGGAGAGGAACAAUCCUGGAAUAAAACUAAAUUAAUCGAUGAAGAAAUAAAUAAUCAAACAUUACCAUUAAAAAAAGAUUUUAAGAAAUGAAUGUAACAUUCAAAAACAUACAAUUUGAACAGAUUUUUAACUCAAUUUUGACUUUGUAUAGUACAAAAAAUUAAUGAUCCUUAUUCUAUAAGAACUUAUUUAUACAUUUAACAUUAUUAUGAAUUUUUGUUUUUAUAUGAAAAGUUUUUCAUUCUUUACAUUAUUUAUUAUAACGAAUGAUAAAAUAUAUUUUUUUAUUACUAUUAUACACAUACAAUAUUAAAUAUUAUUUAUUAAAGAUAAUAUUUUACACAUUUAUAACAAUAUUUACAUUGAAAAUACAAAUUUAAAUAUUUAUUUAUUUAAUAUAGAGAAAAAAUACUCAUUUAUCUUUACUGUACUUUUACUAAUUUACAAAAAUACAUUGGACCCCAAUUAUUAUGACAAGUGGGUAUAACAAUAUGACCAUAUUUUAAACCAAUUCUGCCAAAAUCAUAUAUGCAUCGUAAGGGCAACAAUGCUUCUGUCAUAUCUCUAUAAAAAUCAUACAAUAUGUAAAAAGUUUAUGUAAUAAUAUAAUAAUAUAAUAUAUAUGUAAUAAUAUUGUUUAUUUAGAGAAAUAUACGAACUACGUACUUCACAA